AUGUCGAUACCUUCACAAAAGCGUCCAGCUGAAGAACCCGCUUCCUCGGAAUCCGAUAAAGCCAAGAAAACCAAAAUAGAUGAAAAAGAUGACGUUGAAGUAGUGGACGAGGUCCACAAAAUCUCCGAUGACGAGGAAAUUGCUGAAAGUAGCACCCAAAAAGAAGUCAGUACUCUAAAAGAGGCGGCGACCGAAGCUGUAGAAAAAGCAGAAUCCGAAAAAAGGUACUACCUAACAGAGGAAGAACAAAAAGAGAGAGAAAAAGAGAAAGAGGAAUUGAUGGCGGUUUUUGCAAGGUGUCAGGAAUUGGGUGGUCCGAACUUCGUUGCCGACCAAGAGAGGGUGCUCGCCGAGUUGACAAAGCAAAAGGAGACAAUCAAGAAGCUGCUGGAUGAAUUGAGGGAAACCAAAAAGGAGAGAAAACCCCGUCCGCCGACAAGUGAAGGGAAGCGGAACAGGAAGACUGUGGAAAACUGA